AUGACAACAAAUGAAGAAGAAAUAACGACACCCGAAACUCCAGAAAAAGAAAAAAUUGACAAUUCCUCAUCGACCAAAGAUGAAAGCAAUAUGUCCGAUAGCGAUAGUUCAUUUCAUUUACUCGAAGGACGUUGGACAUUUUGGUAUACUCAUCGACCAACAACUUUCCGUAAUAGUUCAGUUAAUUACGAUUCUUGUUUGAAAAAACUAGGUACAUUUGGAACAAUAGAAGAAUUCUGGUGCUACUAUGAUCAUAUGAAAUUUCCAUCGGAACUUCCGCUUUACAGUGAUAUUCAUUUAUUUAAAGAAAAUUUAAAACCAAUGUGGGAAGAGGAAGGAAACCGUCUUGGCGGAAAGUGGAUUUUACGGUUAAAGAAAGGUUUAUCCACUCGUCUAUGGGAAUCCCUUGUUUUCGCUGUUAUUGGUGAACAAUUCAGCGUCGGAAAAGAAAUCUGUGGAAUUGUAUGUUCCAUUCGUCCUCAAGAAGAUCUCAUUAGCAUAUGGACAAAAACCGCAAAUAACCAAAUUGUUACUCAACGUAUCAAAGAAACAAUGAAGAAAGUUCUCAGUUUACCACAAGAGUGUCCUCUUGAAUAUAAAACACACAAUGAUUCCUUACGAGAUAAUUGUAGUUAUCGUAAUACGGAUCGUAUGAAGAAGAAUUUCGAAUCUCCAAAAUUCAUCUGGUGGCUCGUCGUUCCUACUUGUGCUAUUCUUCUAUUUCUUAUGGUUCAUUGGCCAUACGCGAUACCUUUUCAUUCACUGGGUGCACUCGGGCAAUUCUUAUAUCAUUUGAUAUCAAAUUAUCGUCUGAUACUCCUUUUCAUCUUUUGGUCAGUGUUUCUUGCGCAUAUUUAUGAAGCAUUCGCAGCUCGUCAGAUUUGUCGACAAUUAAAUAUCGAUCAAGAAUCGACGUAUCUUUGGAUGAUACAAACGUUUAUUCUCGGCUAUCCAUCGUUGAGAAUACUGAAAGGAUAUUCGCGACGAGGAUUGUGGUAG